CAUAUUUGCUGCCUUCUCAUAUGGAAUUGCUUCGAUGGCCAUGGUUUUUAUCAAUAAGGCAGUUCUAAUGCAAUAUGCAUAUUCAAUGACCCUUCUUACUCUCCAGCAAUUGGCAACAACCUUGCUCAUACACACCGGUCGAAUGAUGGGAUACACAAAUGCCAGAGGAUUAAAUAUGGCGACAGCAAAAAAACUCAUCCUAGUUUCAUUAUUUUACAAUGCAAAUGUGGCAUUUGCCUUGGCAAGCUUGAAAGGAGUAAAUAUUCCUAUGUACAUUGCCAUAAAAAGACUUACACCACUUGCUGUAUUAAUAGCUGGAUAUAUUUCUGGAAAGGGGAGACCUUCAACCCAGGUUAAGAGAACAAAAGCGGGAAUAAGGGCGGACAAGUUUGGAACUGCUGAAGAUGAUUGA